AUGCCUUUCUCACAGCCCUUUAACCAAUACCAAGGCCCAUCAUACGACAAUAAUGAGCAGUCCUGGGGUGAGGUCGACUUCACGACUUCGCUACAACCCAACGACAACUACAAGUCAUUAGAUGAUACAAACUUCUAUGAUUUUAACACUCUACCAAAUGCCAACCAGAAUGCUCCUUCACCAAACUACUCACAGUUCCUAAACUUCGACUCUUCAGAGGUUGGCUCCUAUUCCGUACCCAGCGAAGGUAUCUCGCCCAACACAUUCAACGUGCCUCUAGCCUCCAACAACUUUCCAAUCAAACUGGAGGACAGUUCCUCGCAGCUUGAGCCCCUUUCCUGCGCAUUCACCGCACAGUCCGGAGAAUGCAGCCCUCAAAGAUGUGGCACUGAACCGUCGUGCCUCCAGCUAGCAAGCCUUGCUGAGAUUGAGGAUUGCACGGGUGCACUUGAUUCCAAUCCUGUGACGAAGACUUCACGCUCAAACUCCAACUCGUCUACGUCCAAACCCAAGGAGGAGAGAGAACGAAAACCCCGGUCAAAACGUGGCCACAAGAGCUCUUCCAGCGACGAAGAGUCAGCGCAACUACGGGCCAAGCAAGCACACUCGGUUGUCGAGAGACGGUAUCGGGAUAACCUCAAUGGCAAGAUCACACAGCUGCAUCGUGCCUUGGUCGCGACCGAAGCCACGUCAAGAUUGACAGGCAUGCCCUCUCAAGACUUCUACUCUUCACGAGAACAUCGGGGCAAAGUCCGCAAGUCUGACGUGAUGACCGAUGCUAUGAACUACAUCCACCAGUCAGAAGUCGAACUCCGGCAUAUGACGGACGAAGUGAACCGCCUCAACGAGAGAGUGCGGACACUUGAGAAGCUGGUGAAGUGUGAAGACUGCACACUACUCAAGCAGAUGGUGCGAUUACAGCUUCAGCAUCAACAACCACAUUGA